AUGAAGACUAUAGAUACAAGUUCUAUACUUUCACUGUUAAAUCAGGCUAAAUCUGAAUAUGAGAAAAAUAAUAGUGAAAAUUCUCACUUAACCUAUAUGAUAUUAAGAUUAAAAAUUUUACUAACCCAAUUACCAAGUCUACAAUCUUGUUCUGAAGAAGUUGAUCAGACUGAAUUAUUAUUAGCAAGGGAUGUACUAGAGUUAGCAACAUUUAUUAGCAUCAAACAAAAAGACAUUGGAGCUUUUGAACGUAAUGUGAUGGAAUUAUUUAUUUUCUAUAAUGAUUAUAGGGAGAUAAUCUCACCCUCUAAAAAUGAAAGUGUAAUCCGUGGUAUAUAUUUAGUACAUUUGUUAAGUUGUGAUCGUAUUGGAGAGUUUCAUAUAGCAUUAGAACGUAUCCCUCUUAAAGAUAGGGGAAAUCAGUAUAUAAGUUAUUCAAUUGAAUUGGAACAUUAUCUUACUGAUGGAAACUACAAUAAAAUCAUGGAGAUACGUAAUAAAAUACCACUUUCUGAGUAUUCAUUUUUUAUAGAUAAACUUGUUGAUACUUGCCGUGGGAAAGUAGCUAAAUGUAUUGAGCAGAGCUAUGAAAAAAUCAGUCUAGGUAAAUUGCAAAAUAUGAUGAAGUUCACAGAUACUGAUGAUCUAAUUAGAUUUAUUAAUGAUAUGUCAUCAGUUGACUUUGAAGAUAUAAAGGUAUCUGAUACUGAUACAUUAGAAAAGAGGAUUAAAUGGGAUCUUAUUGGAGAUACUGUUAUAUUCACCUCUGUAGAUCAACCUACCAACAAUACGACUCUAGAUCUAAUACAAAAUAGUCUUGGUUAUGCUAUCGAACUAGAAAGAAUAAUCUAG